AUGGCUCAAUCUACAAACCCACCACCGUCAUCCAUCCAGGAACUCAUGGAUCGCAAACAGAAGGAGGCAACAUUGGACAUGGGUGGUAACUUCACCAAACGUGAUGACUUGAUUAAAUACGAGAAGGUGGCACAAGAAAAAUGGGCGAAAUCGGACAUCUUUCAGACUGACUCUCCUUACAUAGAAAACCCAGCAUUACAAGAGCUUAGUGGAGACGAACUGCGAGAAAAAUACCCGAAAUUCUUUGGCACAUUUCCUUAUCCUUACAUGAACGGCUCGCUCCAUCUCGGUCACGCCUUUACCAUCUCCAAGAUCGAAUUUGCUGUUGGUUUCGAGCGGAUGCGAGGCCGGCGGGCUCUUUUCCCCGUAGGGUGGCAUGCGACUGGAAUGCCAAUCAAGUCAGCUUCGGACAAAAUCAUUCGAGAACUAGAGCAGUUCGGCCAAGACCUAUCUAAGUACGACCCUCAAGCUGCGAUCGCCGAGCCAAGUGAGACCACCCAACCUGCAACGAACGAAAGCCAAGACAAGAGCAAAGCGAAAAAGGGAAAGAUUCAAGCCAAGUCAACAGGCUUACAAUACCAGUUCCAGAUCAUGGAGAGCAUCGGUGUCCCGAGGUCGGACAUCCCGAAAUUCGCCGAUCCUCAAUAUUGGCUCCAGUACUUCCCCCCGAUCGCAAAAAGUGAUUUGAAUGCCUUUGGUGCUCGAGUGGAUUGGCGGAGAUCAUUCAUCACGACAGAUAUCAAUCCUUACUACGACGCCUUUGUUCGAUGGCAAAUGAACCGACUAAAGGAGAAGGGCUAUGUGAAGUUCGGGGAACGGUACACGAUCUACAGUCCUAAGGAUGGUCAGCCAUGUAUGGACCACGAUCGCUCGAGCGGCGAACGACUAGGAUCGCAAGAAUACACCUGUCUGAAGAUGAAGGUGCUCGAGUGGGGGCCCCAGGCGGACGAUCUGGCAACUAAACUCUCUGGGAAGGACGUGUUCUUCGUGGCGGCGACUCUCCGACCUGAGACCAUGUAUGGACAGACAAACUGUUUCGUGGGGCCGAACAUCGAAUACGGUGUGUUUGAGAUGAAAGACGGCUCGCUGUACAUCUGUACCGCUCGGGCGGCCCGUAACAUGGCCUUCCAGAACCUCACUGCCGAGCGCGGACUGGUCAGCCAGGUAACCACCGUCCAAGGUAGUGCCCUUUACGGCACCAAGAUUCACGCCCCCAACGGGAUCCACCAGGCCGUCUACAUUUUGCCCAUGGAGACCGUCCUGGCCACCAAAGGGACGGGUGUAGUGACCUCGGUACCGUCGGACUCGCCCGACGACUACAUCAAUCUGAUGCACUUGCGUAAGAAGGCGGCCUACUAUGGCCUCGACCCCGCCUGGGUCAGUCUUGAUCCGAUCCCCGUCCUCUCGACCCCAGAGUUUGGGGAAAUGUCCGCACCCAAACUCGUCAGUACUCUCAAGAUCGACUCCCCCAAAGAUACCGCCAAGCUUGCCGAGGCCAAGGAACGGGCGUACAAGGCCGGCUUCUACCAAGGCACCAUGUCCGUCGGCCCAUUUGCCGGCCAGCCCGUCGAGAAAGCCAAACCUCAAGUUCGCGAAGAGUUGAUUGCUCAUGGUUGUGCCUUCGCGUAUGCCGAGCCCGAAGGACUGAUCAUCAGUCGGAGUAACGACGAGUGUGUGGUGGCCCUGUGUGACCAAUGGUACCUCGAUUACGGAGAGCCUACCUGGCAAGCCAAGGCGUUCAAGCUGUUGGAAAGGAUGAACAUCCGCGAUCCGUCGACGAAAAAGAAGUUCCAAGAGGAUCUCGACUGGUUACACCAAUGGGCAUGUGCAAGGAGCUACGGGCUCGGGUCGCGUCUGCCGUGGGACCCCGAGUUCCUAGUCGAGUCUCUCUCAGACUCGACGAUCUACAUGGCUUACUACACUGUCUCCCAUCUCUUGCAUGGCGGAGACAUUUUCGGGAAGACGGUGGGCCCGUUGGGCGUCACUGCAGAGCAAAUGACCGAUCGGAUGUGGGACUACAUCUUCGGCACCGACGCCAUCGCUUUCCAGGCUGACUCUUCCCCUGACCCCUUACCUAAGGAUAAGGCUGACCUCAUGCGCAGAGAGUUCCGAUACUUUUACCCAAUGGACGUCCGCAGUAGUGGCAAAGACUUGAUCUCCAAUCAUCUCUGCUUUUGUAUUUACGUUCAUACCGCUCUCUUUGAUGAACAAUUCUGGCCCCGGACUAUGAGGGCUAAUGGUCACCUGAUGUUGAACGGUAAAAAAAUGAGUAAAUCUACCGGAAACUCGUUGACGCUUUGUGACAGUCUGAAGAAGUUUGGCGCUGAUGCUACCAGACUGACCCUAGCUGACUCAGGAGAUGGAUUUGAUGAUGCAAACUUCGAGGAGCUCACUGCGAACGCGUCGAUCUUGCGCUUGCAUACCCUUCUCGAAUGGUGCAGAGAAGUUAUCAGCAAUAACUCUAGCUAUCGCAAAGGGCCAUUUACUCUGUUUGACCAGAUCUUCGAAAACGAAACUAAACUGGCGAUCAACAAGGCUUACAAAGCAUAUGAUGAAUCUUGUUACAAAGAAGCCCAAAAGGUUGGAUUUUACGAGUUAUUAGGAGCCCGAGAUUGGUAUCGAGAUUUCACAUCGGAGGAAGGAGGGAUGCAUGCGGACUUGCUGAAGUAUUACGUGCGAGUGCAAGCGUUACUGAUAGCGCCUAUUGCGCCGCACUUUGCGGAGUAUGUGUGGGGGACGAUUCUAGGGGAGUCGGGUUCGAUCCAGAACGCGUCGUUCCCGGAAGGCAACCAGAACGUAGACCUCUCGAUGAUUGAUGCGGCCGAGUAUGUGAAAGAGACUGUGCGGAGUGUCCGGACGACGGAGAUCAACCUGGCCAAGCGUAAGGCCAAGGCUAAGGGACCCGCCCCUACCGGCCCCCAGCUCUCAUUCGACCCCGCCAAACCUAAACGCGUCCGCAUCUUCGUCGCCGACCAGUUCCCCGCUUGGCAGGGCUUGUGCGUCGACGCUCUCAAAAGAAACUUGGACCCUGAGACUACCCUCAUCGAUGAGAAAUCUCUCCGUGCCGAUCUUGAAAAAUUGGGCCUCUUUAAAGACAAGCGUACCAUGCCAUUUAUCAUGAUGAUGAAGGGAAAGAUCAAGACAAAUGGGAAAUCGGCUCUAGAACGGGCUUUAACGUUUGAUGAGAUGGAUGUCUUGAAGAGGGCGGAGGGAUACCUACGAAGAACGUUGAGCUAUGAUCGGGUUGAGAUUGAAUGGCUCCGCGAUGGACUCUCCCAACUGGAGAAACUCGAGAAGGAAAACUCUGGGGCCGAUCAGCUCGGCUAUAAUCGUACUAUCAUCGACGCUUCUCAACCUGGUUCUCCCGCUUUUGUCGUUUAUAAUCCUCCCUCUUAA